AUGGACGCGCCUGUGGGGAGCCUGCUGCAGCAGAUGUCGGCUGCCGCCCCGCCGCGCGUCUCCACCCCGCCCAAGCGCGUGGAGGUCAGGAAGCAGCGCUCGCUGUUCGAGUUCUCCGCUGUGGCUUCGGCGGACCGUGCGGGGCAGCUAGACGACGCGAAAGAGGAACCCCCCAAGGGGCCAGAGGAGCCCCCCGAGGAGCUAGGGGUGGCCCCAGAGGAGCUAGGGGUGGCCCCAGAGGAGCCAGGGAAACUUGCCGAGGAGCUAGGGGUGGCCCCAGAGGAGGCCGCCGAAGUGGCCGCUCACGGUGCCAGCCGCGCAGGCAAGGCCAAGCGCCCUCCCAAGAAAACGAGGGCCAGGGCAGCCAAGGCAGAUGCAGGCCCUGCGCCCGAGGAGCACGACUGGCCCUGGGAGUGGGGGCCCAAACCCGAACACCUCGACGAAGGAGGCGACCGCAGCGGCGCGGCUGCGCCCGCAGCUGAGAAGAAGAGGGGCAAGAAGAGGAGGGCCUCCGAAGGCGCCGAAGGCUGGCCAACCGACGCCGACGGCGACGGCGCCGACGCAGGCGACGCCGGAACUGGCGGAGACGACGGCGCCGAGGGCGCCGACUACGGCGUCCCGACAGAACCCGCCGAGGUCCAGCCACCGAGCGCCGCUGCCCCUGGUCAGAGGGCUACCGACGCGGUGCCGCGCUUCGAUCGCAACCCCGUUUGCGCCAAGUGCAAGAAGCCCGUGGAGCCGCUCGCAGCAAGGCUUGUAGGCAAGAAAAAGAAUGUUUGGCAGUGCUCAACGCGCAGUUCGCGGCACACUCAGCUCCACAGGAUUUUCGGAGGGUGGCCGCCACAGUCCUUCAAGUCGCUUUCACAAGAAGAGAAAGAUAAAAUUUGGAACGACGUCAAGGAGGCGAACGGGAAGGCAGAGGUCGAGAAGAUUGCGAUGGAAACGCAAAGGAAAUACCUCCCACUGAGCGUCUACAAGAAGAAGGGCUACUCCGCAAAGAGGAUUAAGAGGCUGUGCGAAGACAAGAAAGAAGACGAAGUCCCCGGCACGCUCUACUGCGUGAACAUUGAUUACAAGGGCGACAAAAGCGUUGAGGAAGAGGUCCGCGAGUCCCUUAUCGCCGCCAAGGAGCGCAGCGCCAGCUCGCAGCAGCACCAAGGCAAGAACAAAGGCAAAGGCAAGGGAAAGGAGCAACUCUCGCCAACCUCAGCCACCAAGAAGAUGAUGAGCGACGCCGUCAAGAUCCUGGCCAAGGUGAGCCCGCUCGCUUUCAAGGCAAAAGGGUUGUUGAACAGCCCCAGAGCAAGCAAGCUGCACAAGGGCCACAGCAAGGCCCUGGCGUGGCACGUCAAGGACCUCGACGCUCUCGCGGCCGCGGCCCAGGAUGCCCUGUCCAAGAACGCCGUGCUGUCCAUUCAGCUUGCGACGGUGAAGGAGAAGGCAGACGCGGCUGAGAAGAAGUGCGCGCAGGCGGAGACGGCGCUCAGCACCUUCGACGACUGA